CCUCAUUUUACAGGCAAAGAAGCUGAUACCUCCCAAGAGAUUAAGUGAUUUUCCCAAGUUAACCAGUUCCUCAUCAAGCUUUGUUUUGGCUUCAUCAUUCUUAAUGAAAAGACAAGAAGUGGCCCCAGUUAGAGCCGUGGUCCAUCUGUGCAACCCAGGCUCCUGCCUCUGACAGAGUCAAGGGACAUGUUGAAAAAGGAAUGAAUGGUGAAGGCAUGGAGGUGGGCGAGUAUACACUGAGGCAUCCUGAGAAAACCUCCCAGGGAGCAACCAUGUCACCAUUUCUUCGCAUUGGUUUGUCCAAUUUUGACUGUGGGUCCUGCCAGGCUUGUCAGGGAGAAGCUGUCAAUCCUUACUGCGCUGUGCUUGUCAAAGAGUAUGUUGAAUCAGAGAAUGGGCAGAUGUAUAUCCAGAAAAAGCCAACCAUGUACCCACCCUGGGACAGCACCUUUGAUGCCCACAUCAAUAAAGGAAGAGUGAUGCAGAUCAUCGUGAAGGGCAAAAAUAUGGAUCUAAUAUCUGAAACUACCGUGGAGCUCUAUUCGUUGGCCGAGAGAUGCAGAAAGAACAAUGGGAAGACAGAAAUAUGGUUAGAGCUGAAACCUCAAGGCCGAAUGCUAAUGAAUGCAAGAUACUUUCUGGAAAUGAGUGACACAAAGGACAUGAGUGAAUUUGAGACUGAAGGCUUCUUUGCUUUGCAUCACCGCCGAGGAGCCAUCAAACAGGCCAAAGUUCACCAUGUCAAGUGCCAUGAGUUCACUGCCACCUUUUUCCCACAACCCACGUUUUGCUCUGUCUGCCACGAGUUUGUCUGGGGACUAAACAAACAGGGCUACCAGUGCCGACAAUGUAAUGCAGCAAUUCAUAAAAAAUGUAUCGACAAAGUUAUAGCUAAGUGCACAGGAUCAGCUAUCAACAGCAGAGAAACCAUGUUCCACAAGGAGAGGUUCAAAAUCGACAUGCCGCACAGAUUUAAAGUCUACAAUUACAAGAGCCCCACCUUCUGCGAGCACUGUGGGACCCUGCUGUGGGGGCUGGCCAGGCAAGGACUCAAGUGUGACGCAUGUGGCAUGAACGUACAUCACAGAUGCCAGACAAAAGUGGCCAACCUUUGUGGCAUAAACCAGAAGCUAAUGGCUGAAGCACUGGCAAUGAUCGAGAGCACUCAACAGGCUCGCUGCUUGAGAGAUACUGAACAGAUCUUCAGAGAAGGUCCAGUUGAAAUUGGUCUCCCAUGCUCAAUCAAAAGCGAAGCAAGGUCACCAUACUUACCAACAUCAACACCAACACCAGGGAAAAGAGAGCCUCAGGGCAUCUCUUGGGAGUCUCCAUUGGAUGAGGUGGAGAAAAUGUGUGAUCAUCCAGAACCAGAACCGAACAUAGAAAGACCAUCUCUACAUAUGAAACUAAAAAUUGAAGAUUUUAUCUUGCACAAAAUGUUGGGGAAAGGAAGUUUUGGCAAGGUCUUUCUAGCGGAGUUCAAGAAAACCAAUCAAUUUUUUGCAAUAAAAGCCUUAAAGAAAGAUGUGGUUUUGAUGGAUGACGAUGUGGAGUGCACAAUGGUAGAGAAGAGAGUCCUCUCCUUGGCUUGGGAGCAUCCAUUCCUGACGCACAUGUUCUGCACGUUCCAGACCAAGCAUAAUUUAUUUUUUGUGAUGGAGUAUCUCAAUGGAGGAGAUUUAAUGUACCAUAUCCAGAGCUGCCACAAGUUUGAUCUUCCCAGAGCAACGUUUUAUGCUGCUGAAAUCAUUCUUGGUCUACAGUUCCUUCAUUCCAAAGGAAUUGUCUACAGGGACCUGAAGCUAGAUAACAUCCUGUUAGACAAAGAUGGACAUAUCAAAAUUGCGGACUUUGGCAUGUGCAAGGAGAACAUGUUAGGAGAUGCAAAGACAAACACUUUCUGCGGGACCCCAGACUACAUCGCCCCUGAGAUCUUGCUGGGUCAAAAAUACAACCAUUCUGUUGACUGGUGGUCCUUUGGCGUCCUCCUUUAUGAAAUGUUAAUUGGUCAGUCACCUUUUCAUGGGCAAGAUGAAGAAGAGCUCUUUCACUCCAUCCGCAUGGACAAUCCCUUUUACCCACGGUGGCUCGAAAAGGAGGCUAAGGACCUGUUAGUGAAGCUCUUUGUGAGAGAACCUGAGAAAAGGCUGGGAGUGCGAGGAGACAUCCGCCAACACCCUUUGUUUCGGGAGAUCAACUGGGAAGAACUUGAAAGAAAGGAGAUUGACCCACCAUUCAGGCCCAAAGUGAAAUCACCAUACGACUGCAGCAAUUUUGACAAAGAAUUCUUAAAUGAGAAACCUCGGCUGUCAUUUGCUGACAAAGCUCUUAUCAACAGUAUGGACCAGAACAUGUUCAGGAACUUUUCCUUCAUUAACCCAGGAAUGGAGAGGCUCAUAUCCUGAGUUUUGCUUCUCUGUGGAUGCAAAGGAAUGUGCUGUCUUUCUGGAAACUGGUUCAGGCAACACUUCAUGGGCUCUUUUUUCAACAUGAAAGUAAAAUGAAACACUUGGCAAUAAAGACUGAGACCUUUGAGCUCCUCAUGUGACCUUUUAUCUGUAGCAGAAACCAACUCUACUUCACUAAUGACGACACCUUGUUCUAACUCCUGGUACCUUUCACAGACGUUCUUGAACUUAGGUCAUUACUAACUAUAGUUAUUUACUUGAAAGCUGGUUCUUCACACUGUGAAUGAUUUGAAAACUUAGCACUGCACAGAACUAUGGGUCUUCACUUGGGCACCAGCUGCUGAUCUGUGAAAUGCUUGGUGAAUCAAGGAGCAAGCUGAGUGCAAAGUUCUCAAGACUGAGACAGCCCAUGGCCCGGUCAGUAGUGGAUCUCAUUCAGCCACAGACAAGUAACUACUAAGCCAUCUUCUUCUGUUUAUAUCUGUGAAGGUGUAAAUGCCUGGAGGGGAAAGCCCAAAGUAGAUUUUUAUGGGAAUUCUUCACAAUAAACAUAGCUUGUAACUCGAGAUUUACAAAUCCAUUCAUUCUCAUGAGCCAUGAACCUCAUGGAAAAAAAGAAAAUAGAAACUGGGGCAUGCUCUUAUCAGUGACAGGGAAGGUUUACCAGAUCUCCGAUGCUGGCUAUAUUAUCAUCAUAGAAAUUAUAUUUAGAAUUCAUCAGAAAAAAAACACUGACUCCUGCCAAUAAAACCUUUCUACCCAUACAUUCUCAGUUGAUUUUAAUAUCAUGUUAUAAAAAGGAAAGGAAUGAAGUCCAUAAUUCUUCUGAGAGAAAAGAAAACCAAAACCUUUAUCAUACAUUACUGAUGAUUUGAUCACUUAUAAAUCUCUCCUUAGGCAACAUUCAAGAUAUGUGACCUGUGCAUGCUAUUUGCAGUAGUCAAUCUCUUUUAAUUAGAAUUCUAACUAUACAUUUUGGAAGCAUCUAUGCUGUUUGUAUAUUUUGAUAAAAUGUUGUGACUUAAUGACAAAAGAGGUGGAUGUAUAAAAAUUGAAUAAAAAAAAAAUAAAAAUGCCUCAA